GUUUUGUUUCAAAAAUUCGUUUCAAGGAAUCUCUAUGGUUGAAUAUCUAAUCUACAGAAUGGUUGUUGAAGUGUUGCAAAAAUGGAUGGAUUCAUGUUAUCAACGCAAAUAUGGUUUUAAAAUAUUUGUGCAUGCGGAUACAAAUUGGAGCUGCUGUGCAGGUUGGCAGACCAGAGAACACAUGGGCCAAAAAAUUUCCGUCAUGUGUAGUUGUCGAAUGAACACAUCUUCAGGGAUAUUGGCCAGUGAAGGUGAUUUAUAUUGGUUGUCCAACAUCAAUCUUUCAAGGGAACAGAUGCUGACAAGUAAUGAACAUGAAGGUGCAAAAUGCAUUCCAGUUAAAUUAUUGAAGUGGUCUUGAAAACUUUAGUAGAAACUGUAAAUAUUACCAAUGUAAGUAGGGGGUCAUUUCAUGCCAUGUGUUAAGCCCACAUGCCCCGUCCUGCUAUGAGUGGUGUGUUCAUGUGAGGUAGACCACAAGAAGUGGAAGCUCAUCUUUGGCAGGGCUCGUGAGGAUGCCAGCCAACAAUAUCAAGUGGAUCUUUUGAACGACAAUACCUAUAUCGCAGGAGAAUUUAUUAGGGGCCCUCUGUCGGGCUGCUCUUCAUUCCAGAAAAGUGUUAGCCAUUUCCAUGGGGAAAUCCUUUCCUGUGAAAGAUAUUCCAUGUCACACAUUGGAAAUUUACACAAAAGCAGGACACU